UCAGGGGUUCUGCAUCCUCCUAGAGUAGAAAGAAAACUCCUCCUACAAGCUUUAGCUAGUGCUGGCUGGACACUGAUAGACGUCACAAGACUACUAUAUACUGCUGAUGGGAAAAGGUAUUUAGCAGUUUAUAUUUACUAAAAUAAUCACAUUACCAUUAUCUGUGUACUAUGGGAGACCAGAUAUAGUGAAUGAAGAGUCCUGGGUUUAAUAACACUUUAACUUGGUGGGAGGAGUGGAGGAGGUCAGUUGUUAGGUGAGGGUGGGGUAGGCUUCCCUGAAGAGGUGGG